ACAAAUCCAUCGGGAAUACCUAUUGCGUACCAUCCAUUUCUUUAACCUCAACCUCAACCUUUGAUUAUUAGUAUAAGUUUGAAAUUUACAGAUGAUUUACAAAUCUAUUCAAAUAGUAAAUCUAUAAUUUUACUUAUUGAAUUUAGUAAAAACUUUUCAUCUUUGGUGAAGAGUACUCAUGGAUAGUAAUCAGAAAAAGGAUGUCUUCCUCAACACCUGCUUUUUCACCGGACCCCUCUUCCUCCGAGCAACUCUGUUACGUCCAUUGCAACUUUUGCGACACUGUCCUUGCGGUAAGCGUUCCUAGCUCUAGCUUGUUCAAGACUGUGAUGGUUCGAUGCGGUCAUUGCACCAACCUUUUGUCUGUCAACAUGCGUGCCUUGCUGCUUCCUGCUACGGCUAAUCAACUUCACCUAGGACACCCUUUCUUUACUCCUCAGAAUCUUCUGGAGGAGAUCCGAAACGUGCCAGCUAACAUGAUGAUGAUCAAUCACUCAAAUCCAACUGAAUCUCAAUCGCUUAUGUCUGUUCGAGGAGUUGAUCAGGAGAUUCCCAAACCCCCAGUGGCUAACAGACCUCCGGAGAAGAGACAGAGAGUCCCAUCUGCCUACAACCGCUUCAUCAAGGACGAGAUCCAACGUAUCAAAGCUGGAAAUCCUGAUAUAAGUCACAGAGAGGCCUUUAGUGCUGCUGCAAAAAAUUGGGCUCAUUUUCCACACAUCCGUUUUGGUCUUAUGCCAUCUGAUCAACCCGUGAAGAAAACCAACAUGCUCCAACAGGACGGCGAAGACGUGGUCAUGAAAGAUGGUUUCUUCAGUACUCAAGCAAAUGUGGGUGUCACCCCUUACUAAAAUAAGAAGUGAAAGCUGUUAGGGUUUUUAUUUCUGUACUUGUCUCUUCUUCUCGCUGUCUAUUUUCUUUUUAAGUGUUUUUUAGGAAUCUAGCUCGUGUUAAAUAUUUGUUAUUAGAAGACUGUUAAGGGUUUGGAUUUGCUUGUUUCUGCUGCUAAUGUUGUGGGAAGAGGAGGGUUUAUAAAAACUUGAAUGUUAGUGAAUCCUAACAACUGAUUCUCCCCAGAAUCCACCUGAAAAUGAAAAACUAUGUUCUUAUGGCAUAA